UCCUGAGGAAACAAAGGUUACAGUCGACACCCAAAACAUAUUUGCAGUCUAAAGUCUAUUGGACAGUUUAAACAAUUACGCAAGUUGUCUUUAAAACUAAGAGAACAUUAAUUCAGUUGAUUCAGUACAUCGCUAGAAACCGAGAGCACAAUAAUGUUGAUUUUUAUAACGGUUUUAAUGCUCAAUGUGUGGGCUAUAUCGGCAGAUGAUGUACUUUCACCAAACAUAAACAUCCUUGAAGAACUGGGGAAAAUAAAGACCAUUGAAACAAUAAUGAAAUCUCUGGAGACUGAAAUGGAGCAACUAAGAACAGAAAACAAAGAGCAGGCAAAAGAACUGAAGACUUUGUAUGAUACAACGAUUGACACAAAGAUCAAAAUGGAUGAACUAAUAAAGCAGAAUACAGCACUGACUACAAAGCUCAAAAAAUUGGAGGAGAAGACCGAUGCUUCAGAAAGGGUGAAAGUAGCGUUUUCAGCCACACUGUCAGCUUUAGGGAAUAACCACAAAUUUAUUGGCCCUUAUAAAGAAGCAACCUCUCUUGUGUAUGAAAAUGCAUUAACUAACAUUGGAAAUGCUUACGACACAAAUACAGGAAUCUUCACUGCACCAGUAAAAGGAGUGUAUUACUUCAACUUUGUGCUCUUCAAUCCUCAUGCCAUGUCGACUGGUUUGAGGUUGCUAAAAAAUGGCAAUUUUGUGGUCGGAGCAACCGAUAACCCUCCCGGGCAAGACACAGAGGACACUGCGAGCAACGCUGUCUGCCUUCUGCUGGAACAAGGGGACCAGAUACAUCUUCAGCUUUGGGAGAACCGUCAUAUCUACACAGAUGGUAACAGACGUAACACCUUUAGUGGACACCUUCUUUUUACUAUGUAAAAUUUCCAUGCACUGCUUUGUAUUGUUUGUUUUUUCAUUAUUCUUUAAUUUAUUACUAAAUCUGUAUCAGUCAAACAAUAUAAUUUUUAAUGUGAAUGUUUGCAAUUAUACUUGAAUGUCAUAAAUAAUUUUCCAUGCAUAUAGCUUGAAUAAAUUCAUAUAUUUUGUAAAAGAAACAUUAGGACUACUGAAAGAGCAACAAUUUAAGUAAAAAUACGUACUACCACCUACAAUA